AUGAGCUACAAGGCCCAAUCCAAUAUUAUCAUUGUUCAUAUUCAGACGACCCAACCCAAAACUUUCCAGACAGAAAUGGAACUGAACCAAAGAGUCUGCAAAUAAGAGAAUAACAAGGUAGAGUUGAAGAAAAAAGAAAAUGACCUCCAAACUCCAGAAUCCGGCCAUCGGUACCGCCGUGCGCCGCCUAUGGGUUACCAGAUCCCUCCCACAUCUUCGGUGCCGUUUGUUACACAAUGGGCCGGACACUAUUGAUGAGCUCCUGGACAGACACUUAGUUAAGAACGAUAAAAAGCACCUCGAUGAUGACGAAAACGAAUUUCUCAUUCGGCAACGGCUCACCAGCACUCGGCGUGAGGCGUUGAGCCUAUAUCGGGACAUCAUCCGGGCAACGCGAUUCUUCAUGUGGCCAGACUCUCGAGGUAUCCUGUGGCGUGACGUUUUGAGGGAAAAUGCGCGGAAGGAAUUUGAGGAAUCCCGGUUCGAGAAAGACCCUGAAGUCAUAACCCGGUUGCUCAUCGGAGGGCGGGAUGCGGUGCAGGCAGCGCUUGAUAAGCUAGUGGAGAAGCAGAAACAGCAGAUUGAGAAGGAAAGGAAUGAUUUCAGUCGGCGAUGAUUUUUCGUUAAAAAAGUUGAAGGCGGAGGCAACGAACCUUUUGUACACAAAUUCAGAAGCUUGGUGGCGCAAUCACAUCAAAGAGCUGAGCACUACUAAUUAGUCAAUACUAGAAGAACGCCGCAGUUAGUUGCAUGUAAAGUUCCAAGCGACUCCACAAUGAUACUAAUAUACUAGGUAGUUUAUUGGGUUCUGACAAUCACUUAAUGUUUGUAAUAUUACUUAAACUUCCACAUGCUGUGUUUGUUACAUGUGAAGUGAAACAUUUUUUGUUGAAAGUCCAUUGCAUCUUAAUUCAUUCUUGUUUCCGUAGAAUGCUAGCACUUCAUCUUGUGCAAUAGUUGAUAAACUCCGCGGCUUUUGCGAAGCCAAUUCUGAGUAGAACCCAGCAUUCCUGGUCAUCUUUUUCAGGAUUAAGGUGAAUUUCAAACUGAGCUCUUCAAGCCCAUGAGAUUCUUGUAAUAGCAUUUGGGAGGAAUGUUUUGGUCUUUGGAGUUGCGACUGAGUAUACAUGUAUAGAUUUUAGCAUCCCUUCUAGUUGCUCCGCUGUCGUGAGUUUGGAUCUCAUGAAUAUAGAUAUUUAGUUUACUUUUUUAA